AUGUCGGCCACUUCAAACAAAAGUAAAAGGAAACUAAUCAGCUCUCCCCGUCUGCGACACAGAUUCUACGUCCUUUCUCUUGGGGGGUGGGGGAGAUUAAAAAAAGCUUUACUGGCUUGCCAAAUGGAUAAAAAGGAAGAAAUUGCACUUGACCGGAUGAGAAAAUCAGUUCAAAAGCUUGGUGGUUCUACUGAGGUAUAUGCCUUCCCCACGACAUGCACCACGAUAUCCAUUAGAAGUAGGUAUGGGGACCUAACAUUGACAAGGUUCUUGAAGGCAAGAAAAAUGGACCCAGAAAAGGCAGCAAAAAUGUUUGUGCAGUGGCAGACAUGGAGGGCUAGUUUUGUUCCAAAUGGGUUUAUUCUUGAAUCUCAAAUUCCUGAUGAGUUGGAAGCAAGAAAGACCUAUUUGCAAGGUUUAUCAAAAGAUGGUUAUCCUGCUUACUAUCCUGAGCGUUUAGCAAAGUUGUAUUUGCUAUAUAUGCCACGGUUCUUUCAAAGUGUUUGGAAGAUGGUUUGCCUCUACCUUGACAAAGGAGUAAGAGAAAAGGUUGAAAUAGUGAAGAACAAUGAAAAAGCAAGAAACGAGUUUGUGGAGAAAAUUGGUGAGGAGGUCUUACCCAAAGAGUUUGGUGGUCAAGCACAACUUGUAGCUCUGCAAGAUGUCAUGGUGCCCCAGUUGAAUUGUUGA